GGUGUGGGAGUGCCUUUAGCUUGAAUGUGAAACGCGUGCGCGCGUACCACCACCAACCAACCAGAAGUGCCCAAGGCGAGCCGGCGCUGGGUGAUCGUGCCACUCCCGACUGCUGAACAACUCGGCUCCCAUCGCCAAUCAUACCCGUGGGAAGAAGACACCGCGGCGCAAUCAACAAGACCGCUUUGACCUCUCGCGAUGGGCAAGCAAAACAGCAAGCUGGCUCCAGAGGUGCUGGAGGACUUACUGAAGAGCACAGAAUUCAACGAGGCUGAGCUGAAGCAGUGGUACAAGGGCUUCCUCAAGGACUGCCCCAGCGGCAAGCUGAACCUGGAGGAGUUUCAACAGCUCUACGUCAAGUUCUUCCCGUACGGCGACGCGUCCAAGUUCGCUCAGCACGCCUUCCGGACCUUUGACAAGAACAGCGAUGGCACCAUCGACUUCCGGGAGUUCAUCUGCGCGCUGAGCGUCACGUCCCGCGGCAACUUCGAGCAGAAGCUCAACUGGGCCUUCAACAUGUACGACCUGGACGGGGACGGAUACAUCUCACGCGUCGAGAUGCUGGAGAUCAUCGAGGCAAUCUACAAGAUGGUGGGCACGGUGAUCAUGAUGAAGAUGAACGAGGAUGGCCUCACGCCCGAGCAGCGCGUCGACAAGAUCUUCAGCAAGAUGGACAAGAACAACGACUGCCUCAUCUCCCUGGAGGAGUUCAAGGAGGCGGCACGCAGCGACCCGUCCAUCGUGCUCCUGCUCCAGUGCGACAUCCAGAAAUAGACGGGGGGGGGGCGUUCCUCGCCACCGUCGCCGCCACUUGACCACAUUUGUACGUUCGGGGGGGCAGUGCGCAGCGGUGGGUGGUGUCGAAAAGGAGAGGUGGGUUGGUGUGGCAGAGGGAUUCUGUGUGGGAGGGAGGGAGGGUGGCAUGAGUAAAGUGUUAGCACAAGAACGGUUUAGGUCUGGGAUUAGGGUUCUAGCGAUUUCUGCAUCGUAAUGGGGUUUUCUGUUUGCCUGUCGCUUGUCAUUUCAAAUGCUUGUUUCAUGACGCAUUAGUGCUAAGCUAAGAAGUCAUUCAUUACCUCGAUCGAUCUGUCAAUCAAUAGCCUUCAUUCACAACCAGGUGACAGCCCCAUCUGAUAUUAAAUUUAUUCUGUAAGCUAUGGUCUAGGAGACUGUGCAAAGGUCCGUUAUAUUAUAUUUUCGUAUUUGCCGUGACACAGGAACACACUGGCCUACUUGUUUGAAUAGUACGAUAGACAUAUGUUUUAGUGUCUGGUAAAAAUGUAACAACUGACAAUAAGAAGAUAUGAACAUCUUUUAUGGAACUCGUAAAAAUUGAAAAAAUUCAAAAGUAUCAUUAAAAUGUUAAAAAAAACAUUUUGAUAAUUUAACACUGUCACAAGUUAACAAUUUACUACGAUUAAAAAAACAUUUGCCUUCCAUUAGCCACAAAGCUCCAUUAUGCACAUGGCACAACCAUCACAUUAUUAAUGAAAUUUAGAAUGUAUUCUGUAAUUAAACAUUUGAAAACGUUUCUCAUUGAUGAGCACUUAGGAAAUGUUCUAUCAAUUACAUAUCGACCACACAGAAACGGGGUUUUAAUUUUCUUCUGGUGCAAUGCUCAAGCACCCACCAGGCGACAGAGGGAGACCAAAUUCUAAUUUAGUUUGUUCCAGCCACGUGAGACUUGUUGCAGAGACACCAUCGUCGGUGUCUCUGCAACAAGCGUGUCCUCCUUCCACCAUCCUAGAAACUUCCACCGUGAUCCCUUUCACACCUCCCGCCCCCGCUCCGCUCCGCUCCGAGUUCAUCGCAUUUCAAUCCCAAGUCCUCUGAAACACCGUCGUGUUAUUUUUCCGUUGUCCUUUGAGGGCACAUCAUCGACUCGCAGUCGCGGUACGGGUGACCGUGUGCCUCGGCCCCUUCAGCACAGUGGGCAGCGUAAAGUUGCGCGGCGUUCCGUGGCCGAUUGUCGAGGUGAACCCCGUGAAAGAGUCGCGGGAUGUUUAGUCACUUCCACGGUUCGAGCAGCCGCACAGGCACGCGCAGGCAAACGCUGCUGGCUCUGUCUCGCGGAAGAUUUUCAAGUCAUUUAUCUGCAAAUGUUACCGUCGCCCCCUGCACGCACUCACGGCAAUGUCGCCUAUCCCCCCGACUCCCUGUGCCGUCGGUGGUGGGCGGCCUGGCUCCUAAUGCAAUGAUUAUGUUCAAUCCGUUUUGUUUAUUCGUCAUUGUGAACAAUUAGGAGCCCUGAAAAUUAGCCCAAUGUAAAAGUGUAAAGACCGUAUCACCAGAAUACCCGGAUUGAGAAGGGUCUCGCAUCGUUAACGGCGUGGAAAUGUAUGGCUGCAAUUAUUUGUGGCUCUGAUUUGGGAUUUUUUCAUUUCCUUUUAUUGUUUUCCAGCAUAAACGGCAAUAAAAAAUAUCACGGAGCGCUCGUUAGAAAAAAAAUUGAAAAGUGCCAUCGGCUGAGUGGUUCACGCGGCUCAUAAUGGCCGUGUCGGAGCAAUGAGCCAGCAAUGCUGAAAUCCUGGGUUCAACUUAACUGGAGGAAUCAUAUUGACUGUUAAGACAAAAAAGUAGUCUUGGGCGGGAUGCAUUGUGAGAAGGAUUGAUGGUCCGAUGGAUUGAGAGGUCGUACUCAGAUUGUAAAUGCUGUGAGUUUACUCUCCAACACACAGGUUAGUGAUGUACUAGCAAACAAAUUGCCAUGUUCCGUUUACGUGACAAACCUUACUAAUUGGCUGUUUCGGGUGAUGGCGGGUUUAACAACACAUUUAUAUUUACGCUAUCUAACCCAACAAACCUCUAUUAUGGGUUGAGACUGAUGAUGGAGUGGCAGCCAAAGGUAGGAAGAUGCCCGAGAUGGCGACCGCUGUGAAAACGUACUGAUCAGAUCAGCUCAUGCAGAUGCUCAAGAUGGAUAGUUGCAUUGCAAGACCGUGACGGAUUGUGAUGACUUGGAUAAAUUACGGCUCAAGAUGAUAAUACUUAAUGGGCUCUCUCCCAAGUGCAAUGAAUUAAUGACUUUAACCCGCUCUCCAAACAAGUGUACAAAAUUACCAUCGCUUAGCUUGGCUUAGCCGUUAGCUCUCUGGGAUGAUCGGCGCCGCACGAGCCUCCACUGAUUGAAGGGGUUCAGAAAAGACAGAUCGUCAUCUCGAGCCAUGACCCCGAUAGCACGACUGGGAUUUAAUCAGUGGCGGAGAGCUAACAUGAGCAGAUACUUUAAAGUAGCGGAGCAACGAACAGAACAUCCGAUUUAGAAACCCCAAAAGAAACGGCAAUUCCUUGAAGACGCUGGGGCUGAUGUCGCAAAUUGCCGUGGAGCCGGCAGGAGUGGGUUUCACACCGCGCGCACUCACGGCUGCUGGUGUGGGCACGCAUAGGAUGCGUGGGCACACACCGCGCGCAGCGUUCCGUGUGUCGGCAGAGAGAGAGGCCCUUCCUUCAGGCUCCCGCAGGUUGCGCGUGUGUUCUGCUGGCUGUCCACCCGGUCCGGACAGCCCUAAGUCUUGGAGCAGAACGGGCGUGACUCCACCACUGUAGUUUGCCCUGGGCCGUCUGCACGUUUCUUGUGCUCGUGUUACACGUUGCUCUGCUGCGGUGUUUAUCGUCGGUGGCAGGUGGGAUGAGCUUUGCAGCUAUGAAUACACCUGUAUUUACCUUCGAGGGAUGUUUUGUUCCAAUUUCUUUUUUUAACACCGAAAUUGGCUUUGUAUGCGAAGUCGUCGGUGGCCGCACUGAGACUGUCAGACUCGCUAUGGUCGAGAGGCUGCUUGAAUGUUGAUGGGAGCCUGUGAUUGUACUCCGGCGUCUCAGAAGAGCUGACUACGUCCUGUGAUUGAGACCUUCAGUCCUGCAGUGUAACCGAGCUGCCUUGUCGAGGGCGUCCAGUCCGCAUCCAUUUGUAUUGCUUAUCAUCAAGUGCUAGAUUUAACACGUAGGCUUUCGCGACCAAUAUCAUCCACAAGAUGUUUUUGAGUUAGAUCGUGUAAAUACUGUAUAUAAAAGUGUCGUUAAAAACCCGCCACCACCCGAUACAGCCAACUAGUAAACAGAACAUAUCAAUUCGUCACUAGUACAGCACACAACACAUCUACGCCUCUAUAUAAGGAACGAAACAGGUGGACCUCUCCACAAAUCUGGCUGCCACCUGAUGAUGCUCGUUGUAAUUACUGGUGAAACGUCGUACUCAGUUUGUAAAUGUUGUGGCUUGGCUCUCCAACACACCGGUGUGCUGUACUAGUACACUGCACUAUACACUACACUAUACACUACGCUACUAUACACUAUAGACUACACUACUAUCCACUACACUAUACAAUAUACUACUAUACACUACACGAUACACUACACUACACACUAGUGCUGUACUAGUGACGAAUUGGCCACGUUCUGUUUACGUGACAACCCUUACUAGUUGGCCGUGUCGGGUGGUGGCGGGUUUUAACGACACAUUUAUAUAUGUAUACGCGAUCUAACCCAACAAAACAACUCUAUUAUGGAAGUGCUAGAUAGCUCACUGUUUGGGCCAUCGCCGCCAUCAUCGACAUCACUGCGCUCGUAAUCGCCAGCAAACAUGGCGAGGCUAUUCUAUUUUAAAGCAGUAUUGUAUUUUUAAUUCCACGGGAUGCGCGCGUGGCUUUGCUCGGACGGGAGCCUGCAUCAUGAAUUCUUGAUGGGGGGCCGGCGGAGGGGUGGCUGGGUGGCUGGCUGGGGGGGGGGUUCUCCUCCGAGCAGCCACUAAUGCGCCUUGAGCGUCCACUUUGGCGACAUCUCGGCCGGUGCACGGAAAGCACCUGCAGCCGAGGGAGUUUCCGAGCACGGAUCCUCUCCUGCACGCGUAAUGGAACACAUCCGUCAGGGGCCAGCAACAGCUGGCACAUUCCACUUUACAUUUAGAGUGGGCUGCCCCUCUUCCUCCGCCGCAACGCCCGCGAUGCUGUUUACGUCCCCACAGUAAAAUAGGCAGCAGUAACAUACUUGCUCGGAAAUUAUAUCUUUCUUUUUUUUAUAGAACAUGUGCCAUGGGCUUUCUGCACUGGGGCGGAUUCGAAGCGCGUGUGCCUCUCGUUGCGGUGUUUCGCCGAGACGUUUUCAUGCCGGGUUAAGUUUUACGCGCUGAGAUGAUUGAGGCUUGAGAUGAAAUGGUUCGGGGAGAAAAUAUUAUUGAUGAGAAUGAGAGUGAAGACUCGUAGAGGUGCCACGGGGGAGGUUUAGAAAGCAGCUACAUACAGAGGAUGAUAGAGGGACCUCAUUUGGCGUUCUCAUAGACAAGCGUGUCAGGCCAGGAUACUCUGCUCGCAUGUACCCCUAACUAUCUUUCAAUUUGGCGCGCAUCGCCUAAACCUGUUUGAGGUCACAGCAGGUUUUGUUUACUUGGCUGUGCGGUUCGUGGCUCAUUUCCCCCGUCAGAGCCACGCACGGCGAGUUCAUGUUCUGUUCCGUGCGGCAGGAGGGCAACCGGUUGUGUCUCCUGUGCAAGAUGCAGUGGGAAGUUAAGUGGAUCUCAUAUCAAAAUACCGUUCCCGGCUCUCGGAGAUAAAAACACAGCCAGCCAGCGGAUAUUGGGAGCUUUUGCCUCUGAAUUUCACGAGCGCCAGCCAUCUCCAACCAGGGUGCCCUUGCCCACAUUAACCACGCAACAUAAAACUGCCUUUAAACGCAUGAUGCUGAAACUGGCCGAAAGGAUUCAUGUACUGCAAGGGACUCUGGGAAAAUGACACGGGCAUGGCCGGUCAACGCAAGUGCCACAUGCUUGGUUCAGACAUCGAGGGGGGGUGGGGAGAAAACGAUUGUGGCUUUAGAAUGAAAAUCACUCGCCGGGUUCUGCCCAAUUAAUGUUUACAUUGCCCUAGGGCCGACAGUCUGUGGCCUGUUUUGCCAAUGCAGGUUGUAACGGAAACAAGAGGCGCGUUGCGCUCGCAUUUUAUUUUGUUGUAAUAUCUUGACACACGUAAAAUAUGAUACCGAAUACUGGAAUACCGCAUUAAACACCAAUGUUCACAUGUCUGUAAAUGUAUGUGUAUAUACACAGUAUAUAAAACAGGACUCCCUUGGUAGACAUUUUGUCUCGUCUCAGCAAGCUUAAACCUGGAUAAAGGCUAAAUAUGGGAAGUGGAUCAACCUCUUUAUUCCUUUCACGAUGUCACUGUCGGUCAUGCACUGGGAAGAGACCAAGUGACUGGACAAUCUCUCCGAUGGCAGCAGCUGUCUCUCCAGUGGCUUACACUUGUCGGUAUACUCGACACUAUUUUACACUGCGCUGAUAAACUCCAAUUUCAAAAUUGUUCUUCACUGCAAACAUUCGGAAGUGAUCAGUGAAACGCGCAUGCGGUUCAGGAUUGCUUUGAAGAUUGACACUCGGGUGAGCAAGACACACGUGACUUAUUUACACGAACCCUGAGUAAUAUUGAAGCAUGCACACGCGCAACAGAGCCAGUGAACCACUGCGUAUGUGUACAUGGCAUCUUAGCUCAGCGCCUGUGGCCCCUCUGCUGUACAAACACACGCAACAGAUUGUAGGCAGUGAGUGAGUGAAUUGUGCUCUAUUUGGAAAACUAAUGUAUGAAUCAUGAGCAUAUCCAAUAGGUUUUAUUAUUGACUGAAUUAUCCGUGCCAGACGACUGAGCUGCUUCCAGCCGUGCAGAUGAGUAACGUUGUGUCUGCUACUUAAAUCCUAAGAGCUGCGUUUGACCAAAUUUAUCAGAUUUUUUUUUAUAUGAAUGCAGUCGUCCGCGACCGCGCUGUGAUCAUCAACUUGCUACGGCUGAAACGCCUGGUUUAAUUGCGCUUUGCUGCCCGGAUAUGUUGUCUGCUAUUCUAGCACUGCGGGCUAAAUCCUCCUUACAUCGAUGAUGGCAUUACCACGUCCUUGAACCACGGAGCCACCUCACGAUUGUGAAUCGGUCACGUGGCGUUUAUCGUACUCGGUGGUGGGCGGCGGUGGUGAGGGUUAGAAUCCCAGGCGCGCAGUCCACGUUCAUCUGCAGAAUUUAAACUUUGCCUGGCCCGGGUGAGAGUGCAUGAGGAGGAUGGUGGGUGAUGGGUGGGUGGUGGGUGGUGAAUGGUGCUGGGUGGGUGAUGGAUGGUGGGUGGUGAUGGGUGGAUGGUGGGUGGUGAAUGGUCAUGGGUGGGUGGUGGAUGGUGGUUGGUGAUGGGUGGGUGGUCGGUCGUGGAUGGUGGUUGGUGAUGGGUGGUGGAUGGUGGUUGGUUGGUGGUGGGUGGUUCCCUGCCUGACUGCGGUGGCGCGCACGUCAAGCAGUCGUGUAGGAGCGUGCGGUUGAGGUACGAGGCAGAGCAGACGGCAGGGUCAUAUCGGCCUCCAUCGGGCACUCGCUAUAGCGGGGCAUCUUUGUGCGUUCGCCAAGCCGAUUGAAUGGUGGAAAUAAAUAAAAAUAGAGCCGCUGGAAGAGAAUGCAUUUCAUGCAUCUUGGCUCAGAUUCGUAGUUUGCUCUACAUCGGAGCUAUUAUUGCUACUCUUCUAAAGUUUCGAUGGUUUAAUCGUAGCACCAGUAAACAAGAAAGCCGCUUUUUGCGUUUCAAUCUGAGGCAAAUACAGUUUUGUAAUUUAGUGGAAUAAUUAAUAUAGCAUCGUUAAAAAAAAUCCCUCCGUUUCCCCUAGGCUGUUUGGCUACCAUGAACAUUCUUGUGUAAACACAGAUGCUUAUCAUUUACAGCUGAGAAAUAUGGAUGCCCCGUUUUUAAUAUAUUGGUUAUAAUUAAUUGUAAGCAAUAUUUUAAAUUGUAUUAUUUGUGCCAAGAGGAAAAACGGCAAUUGAACCGUAACUGUAAGUAGCCAGAUGUCCAUUGCAGAAGCAUUUUUUUUAAACUAAAUUUACACUCGGCUGAUUAUAUAACGGACGAGAAAUCCCGUUCAAGUAAAAGGAGCUAAAGGGGCCUGUGUGACGUUGGUGGCUUCUGUAAUUCUUGGCAGCCCAGGCACAAGUCGCGGACAGCUGCAAAUCAAGCGCCCUCAUCCCAAAGGGGCUUUCACCUGGGUUUUCAAAUUCAGGACAUCAAUCAAAUUAGCGGUGGCUGGCACUCGUUCCGCGCUUCGUGCGUGUCACGGACGCGAAACGUGUCGGGCUCACUCCUCGCAGGGGGAGUAGCGAGCGGUCUUGCGUAAAGGCGGGGAGGAGAUUUAUAUUCUUGGGUUUUUUCGGUAAAGUCACGUAGGUAAAAAAUGUAAAUUAAUAAAAGUAAAAUAAAAAUAAAAUAAAAAUCACGACGUUUCGGAGGCAACACAAGCUUCCGUUAUUUUUAUUUUACUUUUAUUAAUUUUUUUUUUUUACCUCCGUGACUUUACCGAAAAAACCCAAGAAUAUGAAUCCUUGCAGUCACGAAAACUUCAUAUCUAGGGGAGGAGAUUAAUCGUGGCCGCGGUGUUGUUUCGAGUCGAAGUACUUCUUCACUGAGCACUCCGGCCGUGAGUCCCAUUCACGCGUACGGCCACAGUGGCGGAGGUUGCGGGGUUUUAUCGCAUUACAAACUCUUGUAAUUAUGUUUAUUAUCAAUGUCAGUGUUGCUGUCGUCGUAUUUAUUGUUGCUCUUUCUCGUGGGGGAAGGGGGGGGGGUGUUAUAGUUGGUAUCAAUGUUAUUAUUCAUUUUUUUUGCCGAAUGUAAUAUUGUUAUUCCUCAAUGUAUGAUUACUAAUGCCAUUGUGGAAGAUGUUGAGUUUUUUUUAUUAUAAUUGCUGUCGCUAUUUUUUUUAUUGUUAAUAGUAUGAUGUUUUCCAAAUGCGGAUCAUAAUUAUUAUUAAUACCGUGACCUAAUUCGCAGUUUUUCAAUUAUAAAAUGUAAUCAUGAGCCACAAUUUAAAGUGGUGAGCCUUUUUUGUAGCGAUUUGAAUAUAUAUUAUUAUUGCUUGGUGACGAUUUUGAUUUUAGAAUUGGCUUUGUUGUGCUGCACUGAACACACACACGCGUAUGUGUUUGAUAAACGCGUUUCAACCACGCUAUAACAUUUUAUAGAUCUAAAUAGUCAUUAUGUAACCUCCCGGCAUACUGCGUGUAUGUUGUGUGUGUUGUGUGCAGGGACGGAUUCCCUUGUAUAACACGAUUGUGAUUAUUACAAUUUACAGAUUAUGGUGGGGGGGAUGGUGUCAAAGCUAUGUUGAACUGUUAGAUGUAGUGCUUUCUCCGUGUGUUUUUAUAUAUAAAUAUGGACUGCCCGUACUUAGAAAUGCAUGUACGUAAGUAAUGUUAUAACAAUGAGAUAUUUAAAAGUGCAAUAAAAUGAGACACGCAAACUAG